AUGGCUACCAAGAUUGAGCCUCCGACCACCUUUCCUCCACCUGUUGGUUGGAAUCCUCAACAGCCAUUUUUCUCGCUCGACAUCUCUCAUCCACAAGAACCCGGGGGCACAUCAACAGUACAUGUGUCAUGUCGGAACACACAUUUCUUUAUAAAUGUAUCGUCGGCCGACUGGGCCGACUCACCGCAUCUUAUUGCAGAAUAUCAAUUCUUGCAAAUUAUACUCAAAAGACUCGUCCUUGGCCGCUAUGGCAUGAGUGACUUUUUCGCCUGGGCAUGUCGACCUCUUUUACCGACAUUCGCCGAGAUUAACACCACGGCGGAAGCAGCAUCUCGAUGCACGGUUCGGGAGAAAUUAUUCCCAGAAACGAGAGUAUAUGACUUGAAGAGCCGAUCUGGCGAGCUUGUUGCGGAGCCAUCAGACAGCCCUGCUCCUCCACUACCACAACAAUACGGAGUUGAGUUCUCUGAAGACGAGUACGCAGGCGUGCCAACAUAUCUCCUCGAUGAGGUAUACACGGAAAACGGACUGGAGACUCUUGUGUUGGGAGAUGGCACAACUGUCUUCUGCAAGAUGCUACAAUCUAUAAUUGCAGAUUCGCAUAAAAGAGAACUACGCUCAUACAGAAAAAUGCACGCUGCAAAAUUUGACGACGCAGUGCGAGUUCCGCAGCUGUUAGGCCUGCUAAAAGACAACAAGAAUACAGUCUAUGGGUUCCUUCUAUCCAAGCCCGAGAACGAGAUGGCCAGUCUUGCCAACAGGCUUGGGCGAUCACCUCCGCCGGAUCUUCGUAAGAAAUGGGACGAGCAGAUUACUACAACACUGGAGGCACUGCACGCUGCUGGAAUUUCUUGGGGGGAUGCCAAACCACAUAAUGUCAUAAUUGACGCUGAUGACGAUGCAUAUCUCGUGGAGUUUGGGAACGUCGAGUUUACGGACUGGGUGCCGAGUGAAUUCGCUGGCACGCCGGAAGGGGACCUUGUUGGGCUGCAGAGGAUGAAGGUUGUGCUUCAUUAUUAUGGGGAGGAUAUGUAUGGAGAUGGGACGGUGAAUAUAGAGGAUCAUGGGGAAUGUUUCUUUGAGUGA